GAGUAUAGCCAUAUGUCUAUCUGCACACGACCAGCUCAAAGUGCAGACAUAUUCAAAGUGACUUGCCAUGGUCAGACAACAAGUCACUGGCAGAGUCAGGAUUAGAACCCAGGAAACCUGACUGCCAAACCUUGGCUCUGGCCACUAUUCAGUGCUCCUGUCACUGCAUUUCUUUGGGCUAAUGCUCUUGUUAACCAGCUGUUGUUUGUUUGUUUGUUUGUUUGUUUGUUUGUUUUUAAAGGGAGAUCCAGGUCCACCCGGCAAAGGAGUGGAGAUCAAGGAACUGGAGAGACUUUUUGAAGCAUAUGGGAUCAAGUUGGGGCUGCUGAAGGAACUGACUGAUCUUCUCCUGAGGGAUGGGUUUGAAGCGCUGAUCCAGCGGCGGGCCAGCUCUGGGAAAAGCAAGCCAGCCAAGAAAAAGGAGGAAUUUACGCAAGCUAUGGACUAUACUGCUUCGUUGAAGUAUGAUUUUUCUAGCAACCCUCUUACCAGUAUAGAAGUGACUGAAGAAGACCUGAGUAUUGAUGUCGGGCCUCAGCUUACAGUUCCAGCAGCUGUAGGACAACCUACUAAGGAUGUAACAGGCCAGAAGAAACCUCCGGUUGAUGGGACAGCAGCCAGCAGUCCUGGUGACUACACCGCACUGGAAGUCAUGGUAAACCAGACGCGCUCAUGUCAGAGAUGGCCGGAGGCUAAGAAACGGGAAGGCAGCCCUAGACCUCUGAAUGCAACCCGGCUACAAACUAGCCAAGAAGAGCCCACUGCAGGGCAACAACAUACUGCUGAAAAUACCUCUCUUGAGUGCCAGGAGGUGGAUGGGUCAGUAAUAAGGGAGAAUGAAGAGGCUCGGCAGAGCCCAGCUAGUCUUGCUCUGGGGUCGGAACCUCCCGCACUGGGAAACAUUUCUGUGGAGAUGCCAGAGCCCUUGAAGAAGAGGAAGAAGGAGAAAGACGUGAGCAGAGAAAAUGCAGAUCCAGUUGAUGGCCCUGAGUUAACAAGCCAUGUUAGAGUCAGAAGAACAGCUGAGAGACAGAGGCACAUGGUUCACUCACCUGGUGCUGCUGGAGUUCAGAAAUCCCCAGCUGGAUAUGUGACAUAUCCAGGACCUCAAGGCGCAAGGAGGAUCAAGAAGCAGGAGUCAGACACGGUGGAUCCAGAGCGGGUGCCGUUCCAAGGUCAAAAGGGCACUAAAGGAGACAGAGGAGAAAAUGGUCAAAAGGGAGAACCAGGAAUUGGGUUCAGAGGCCCUGCUGGUCAGGCUGGGCCCCCUGGGCAUAAGGGGGAGCCCGGGGCCCCGGGACCUCCAGGAGUGCAGGGCAUCCAGGGUAUUCGUGGCAACCCUGGCAUUCCAGGAUCGCCGGGAGAGAGAGGAGCUCCGGGUCCACCUGGCAUGCCAGGGCAGAAGGGGGAACGCGGUAAGAGAGGCAGGAAUGGACCCACUGGGCCGGCAGGACCUCCCGGGCCCCUGGGAAAACAGGGGAUUCGAGGGCUGCCCGGGACCAAUGGCAACAAGGGGGAGAUCGGCCUCGGUGUGGCAGGUGCGAGAGGUCCCCGCGGAUUGCCUGGCCCCGGGGGGGAGGAAGGCAUUGCAGGAGUCCGAGGUCCCAUUGGCAUGACGGGUCUGAAAGGCCUGCCCGGAACAAAAGGAGAAAGAGGUGAUCGUGGCCUUCUGGGACCCAAGGGAGAAAGAGGUGACCCCAUUAUUAUUUUUGGACCUCAAGGCUAUAAAGGCAACAAAGGAGAUCCGGGUGAGCGGGGCCCACCAGGCUUCGAUGGAGACAAAGGCGAGAAAGGGGAGGAUGGGCCCGCCGGAGAAAAGGGGGUCAAAGGCGAGGCAGGUGUGAAAGGGGCCAUUGGGCUGUUCGGUGCCAGAGGACCAGUGGGACAGAAGGGAGAACCCGGAGAACCUGGUCUGCCUGGAUUUGCUGGCAUGGCUGGCCUCGAGGGGAAGAAUGGAGUCAAAGGAGCUAAAGGUGACCGAGGUCUGCAGGGUCAAAAGGGGGAACCGGGAGCGAAAGGUGAUCCUGGUAUAACUGGAGACCUUGGACGGAAAGGAUCUAAGGGCUUACAUGGUUUUCCGGGGCAGAUGGGUAGCCCUGGUGCAGAUGGAAUAAAGGGUGAGAUUGGCAGCCCUGGAAAACCAGGGAUACCAGGGUCAGAUGGACUGCUUGGGCCAAAGGGUGAGCGAGGAAUGUCAGGUGCAGAUGGCCCCUUGGGAGUUUCUGGGGAGAAAGGAGAAAAGGGGGCCAAGGGAGUUCCUGGCUUGGGCGGAUUUAAAGGGCAGGUUGGAUUGCCGGGGAAGACUGGUAUGGCUGGACCUCCUGGAUCUCAAGGACCACAGGGUGACCCAGGACCACAGGGUACAAGAGGUAGAAGAGGAAGACCUCAGCUCUGCCUCAGGGGUCCUUCAGGUACUCCUGGCAACAAAGGAGAAAAGGGAGAAAAUGGUCCAGCUGGUCUGAAAGGAGAGAAAGGAGAUCCUAGCCUUUCUGAAGAAGAAGUGAAGGACGUGGUCAGGAGUGAAAUGAGUGACAAAUGCGUUUGUACAGACCUGGGUGCAGACUCUCCAGGAGAAAUCAGCAGGAAUAUCAAAGAGAAUUUUCAAUCGCCAGAACUCAUAAGGAAGGCCGAUGAAGCUCAACAAGAAUUACUUAGUGAAAUACAGAAUACGACCGAACCAGAGAUGCCUAUCAUGGAAUCAACUCCAUUUAUGACCGCUCCCAGUGAUAAGCAGCUAAUGUCUCAGGCUCCGCACGAGCAGCGACAUGCCCGCAGCCCAUUAGAAGACCCUUGUCGACUGCCUAUGGAUGAGGGCUCCUGCCUGCACUACACGUUGCUCUGGUAUUACCAUGGAGAAGCCAACGCCUGCAGGCCAUUCGUGUUUGGAGGCUGUGGAGGAAACAGCAACCGGUUUAAAUCCAAACUAACAUGUGAGCGUUGGUGUAAAAUCACAACAGGAAGGUGACUCGGUGCAGACGGAUGAUGUAAAUGAGAAGGGAGCUGCAGGAAGUGAAUCCAGGACAGCUCAGAAGUUGGAAAUACAGCAAGAUAAACCAUUUAACACAAAGAGGUGGUAGAUGUUAGUUCUGCAGACAAGGAGAUAGUUAUGGUUAUGGAUAUGUAAUAAAUUGGGCUGAUAAGAGAGAAUCUUUUGUUUGGCUGGAAAAGCUGAAGUGUUCAGAGGCUCUUGAUGCUACCAUUCACACUGCAGAUUGAUUGUGCAACACCCAACAGACACCUAAAUGUUAUUUUAUUUUUUUAAAUAAAAUUGUAGGUUAAGCCAACCUUGCAUAAUUCUAGUCACCCGCUCACCAGGUAGUUCUUUGUGAUGGGCAAGUAAAAUGUAAUUGUUUUCCCAUUACCAUCAGUUUGGUAAGGAAGGACAAGUCAGUUUUGCUGGUUAAUUUUUGUGAGGCUCAUAUUAAAUCGUCAAAAGGGAUAGAUGGAACCAGUUUGGGACAACUUGGAUCAUCGUUCAAAUCAGCCUUCAGCCAUCACUAACUCUAGCUUGUUUGCCGUUUUCACGUCUCCCCACUUCCUGGUUUCCUCCAGGAUCGGAAGCCUUUGUGAGAGAGGGGGCAUGAUCUGAGCACAGAACUGGGCGCAUGGAACGUCUUCUGUUCUAAUUCCAGCUCUGCCACUAAACUCUCUCUGUGACCCUGGACAAGUCACUUAACCUCUCUCUGCUUCAGAUUCCCACCCGUAAUACAGGGAUGUGUUGAGCAUUAAUUAGUUAAUCUCAUUGUGGAGGGAAAGUGCCAAGAGUUACUAAAAUCUCACCAGAAAGGCUGUUCUCAAAUUGGGCGAUACCACGUCAUUCUGGAAGUCAUUGUCCUGUCCUGUGAAAUUUCAAACCCCGUUUCUAGAUCAAAGUGUUUUGGAUACAUUCGGAGGGCAAUCCUAACUGUUACCAAUUUAGAUGCCAGAUGCUGUGAUCAGCAGCUGCAGGGAUAGAUGGGCUUGUGGUAAAGAUUCCAGUGUCUUGGAUCUAAGUAACGCGGGCUGAGGGUCCCUUUCUGAUGAGAAGAAUGGAAUCCUUUGAACCAAAUUUCAUAAGGAAGGAGUAAGCAGUUGUCAGAGGAGCCAUUUUUUGUAAUCAGAGUGACCCAGCGUGAGACGCUUCUGUAUCUAUCUUAAGGCACAAGAGACUCUUAGCUCUUUUUAAAUCUUUAAUCAUUCUAUUGCCAAUGGGAAAAUGAAGAAGGAAAUCUUAAACAACUUAGAGUUGGUAAGGAAAUAUUAAUUAUCUCUAAUAUAUAUACUGAAGCUAAAAAUUUCACCUUCUAAAUGAGGCUUGGUUAACAAAAGCAAUUACUGAACUGUCAAAUUUUCUGGCUUAAUAUAACCAUUCUGGUCUCUAAUUUAUGGUAUUCCAUGCUAAAUUCCCUUGACUUGGUCCUGUACAGGAGAGGCAAUGUGGUCUAGUACAGCAAGCAUGGCAUUCCUGAAUUCCCAGUUAGUCUCUGCCACUUACUAGCCUCCGUAGACUUUGGCAAGUCACUUCACCCCCCUGUGGCUGUUAUAAUGACUGUUCUGAUACUCAUUCAUUUAUUUAACAGGAGUGUUGUGCGGUUUAAUUGCUUUGUAGUAUUGUGUCCAAAGCCCGCCAGUGCCAGAGAUUAAAUAGAGGGAAGACUAAAUUUACAAAUACCCAGGACUUUAAGCGAAGGGAUGGGGUUUUGUACAGAACACACCCUCUUGCU